GCCGCUGGCUGAUGCCCCGCUCUCCUCCUCCUCCUCCUCCUCUUCCUCCCCUCCCUCAUCUUGGUUGGUGUUGUGCGCAAAACCUCCAGCGCCGGACGGACGGACGCAGUUUUGACGUUUAUAACCGAAACAAAAUGAGGAUUUCUUCCCGCGACUGGAUUCUGUUGAUGUUCUCGGGUUUUUGGGGACUGACAAUGGGAGCUUUCCCGAGCAGCGUUCAGAUCGGUGGUCUGUUCAUCAGAAACACUGAUCAGGAGUACACCGCCUUUCGAUUGGCUAUCUUCCUGCACAACACCAGCCCGAAUGCAUCGGAAGCCCCGUUCAACCUGGUGCCUCACGUGGACAACAUCGAGACGGCUAACAGCUUCGCCGUCACCAAUGCUUUUUGCUCGCAGUACUCCCGCGGUGUCUUUGCCAUCUUCGGCCUGUACGACAAGCGAUCGGUCCACACGCUGACGUCCUUCUGCAGUGCCCUGCACAUCUCCCUCAUCACUCCCAGCUUCCCCACCGAGGGUGAGAGCCAGUUCACUCUGCAGCUUCGGCCAUCGAUCCGAGGGGCGCUCCUGUCCCUCCUCGACCAUUACGACUGGAACAAGUUUGUCUUCCUGUACGACACAGACCGAGGAUACGCCAUCCUGCAGGCCAUCAUGGAGAAAGCAGGACAGAACAACUGGCAGGUCAGCGCCAUCUGCGUGGAAAACUUCAACGAUGCCAACUACCGGAGACUCCUGGAGGAUCUGGACCGGCGGCAGGAGAAGAAGUUUGUCAUCGACCUGGAGGCUGAGAGACUGCAGAACAUGCUGGAACAGAUUGUCAGCGUUGGGAAACAUGUGAAAGGCUACCAUUACAUCAUGGCCAAUCUGGGUUUUAAGGACAUCAACCUGGAGCGUUUCAUGCAUGGCGGGGCCAAUGUGACAGGCUUCCAGCUAGUUGACUUCAGUAACCCCAUGGUCAUCAAACUGAUGCAGCGCUGGAAUAAGCUGGAUCAGAGGGAAUACCCAGGCUCGGACGCCCCACCCAAGUACACCUCAGCGCUAACAUAUGAUGGGGUAAUGGUGAUGGCCGAGGCCUUCAGGAACCUGCGCAGGCAGAAGGUGGAUAUUUCCAGAAGAGGAAACGCAGGUGACUGCCUCGCUAACCCUGCCGCCCCGUGGAACCAGGGCAUUGACAUGGAGCGUACUCUCAAACAGGUUCGGCUGCAGGGAUUAACAGGUAAUGUCCAGUUUGACCACUAUGGCCGCAGAGUCAACUACACUAUGGACGUGUUUGAACUGAAGAAUAAUGGACCCAGAAGGAUUGGUUAUUGGAAUGAUGCAGACAAGCUAGUUUUGAUCCAGGACUCUCCACUUCAUCCUAAUGACACAACUGGGAUGGAGAACCGAACUGUUAUUGUGACCACCAUCAUGGAGGGUCCCUAUGUGAUGCUGAAGAAGAACUGGGAGAUGUAUGAGGGUAACGACCAGUACGAGGGUUACUGCGUGGACCUGGCUUCCGAGAUCGCCAAACACAUCGGAAUCAAGUAUAAAAUCUCCAUCGUUCCUGAUGGAAAGUACGGCGCCAGGGACCCAGAGACGAAGAUCUGGAACGGCAUGGUCGGGGAGCUGGUGUACGGGAAAGCGGAAAUCGCUGUGGCCCCUUUGACUAUCACGUUGGUCCGGGAGGAGGUGAUUGAUUUCUCCAAACCCUUCAUGUCGCUGGGUAUCUCCAUUAUGAUCAAGAAGCCCCAAAAAUCUAAGCCGGGGGUGUUCUCCUUCCUGGACCCGUUGGCCUACGAGAUCUGGAUGUGCAUCGUGUUCGCCUAUAUCGGUGUGAGCGUGGUGCUCUUCCUGGUCAGCCGCUUCAGCCCGUACGAAUGGCACACCGAGGAGCCCGAAGAGGGCACCGACGGUCCGCCAAGCGACCAGCCCCCCAAUGAGUUUGGCAUCUUCAACUCUCUCUGGUUCUCCCUGGGUGCCUUCAUGCAGCAGGGCUGUGACAUCUCCCCAAGAUCGUUAUCAGGGCGAAUUGUGGGAGGUGUGUGGUGGUUCUUCACCCUCAUCAUCAUCUCGUCCUACACGGCUAACCUGGCUGCUUUCCUUACUGUGGAGAGGAUGGUUUCCCCCAUUGAGAGCGCAGAGGAUCUGGCCAAGCAGACGGACAUCGCCUAUGGAACUCUGGACUCCGGCUCGACCAAAGAGUUCUUCAGGCGGUCCAAGAUUGCCGUCUAUGAGAAGAUGUGGGGAUACAUGAAGUCUGCCGAACCCACGGUCUUCACCAAAACCACGGCGGAGGGGGUGGCGCGGGUCCGCAAGUCCAAAGGAAAAUACGCCUUCCUGCUGGAGUCCACUAUGAAUGAGUACACAGAGCAGCGCAAGCCCUGCGACACGAUGAAAGUUGGAGGCAACUUGGACUCCAAAGGCUACGGAGUAGCUACACCCAAGGGUUCACAGUUAAGAACGCCUGUAAACCUUGCCGUAUUGAAACUGAGUGAAGCAGGAGUCUUAGACAAACUGAAAAACAAAUGGUGGUACGAUAAAGGGGAGUGUGGACCCAAGGACUCUGGAAGUAAGGACAAGUCCUCCCAGGCCCUCAGCCUGAGCAACGUGGCAGGGGUCUUCUACAUCCUCGUCGGGGGCCUAGGCCUGGCCAUGCUGGUGGCCCUUAUCGAAUUCUGCUACAAGUCGCGCAACGAGGCCAAGAGAAUGAAGCUAACCUUCACAGAAGCCAUGAGGAACAAGGCCCGUCUGUCCAUCACGGGCAGCGUUGGGGAGAACGGACGAGUGCUGACGCCCGACUGUCCCAAAGCCGUCCAUGCCGGGCCUCCCAUCCGCCAGAGCUCCGGCCUGGCUCUGGUUUCCUCUGAGCUUCCUUGAAAACCAAAAACCUCUCAAGUGCCUUAUACAAUAACAACAAGAAAAAAGACAACAACCAGAAAACAAAGCAGAACAGAACCAGGAUUCCCGGGGUCCUCCAGAUGGGAGUGAACAACACGAGGUCGGAGGUGACUUCUCUCCCAGAUCUGAGGAAACCACGGGCAGAUCAACCUUUAUUUAUUUUUCUGUUUGUUUUUAACUGUGAGGCCACAUGGAAGGGUUUGUUUGUGACAUAGGAGGAACACAAAGGGAGCAAAAAUUAAAAAUAUCAUGAGAUAUGAUAAAGAUGAAGACCAGAAAACUGUAAACUUAAAACUGUGCUUCUCUCUUUUUAUUUUUGACUGCUGUGAAUUGGCAAAAACUGAACACUGUAAUCCAGAUUGUUUUCCAACUGAACAGCAUUUGCUACACAGUCACACCAGAUAUCAACGAGAGACACUGAACGCCAUGAAGAUAACCAUGAAAAAUAUUUGUAUUUAUAAAAAUUAAAAUGAAUCUAUUGAUACUGAAUAUGUGAGCAAAUAUAGAAAACUGUGAAAAUAAGUAAAUAUGUAUAUUCCAUGCAAAACAAAAUGAGAUUAGCUGUAAAUAACCACAGCCGUGCUUGCUUUUUAAACAGAUGUACAUAGCAGAUAUUGUAGUGAAGAGACCGUUCUUUUUUGUAAAUCAUCUUUAAAGAUUUAUUCAUCGCAAUAAUGAAAAGGACGAUGCCAAUCGAAGGAGAUAGUGUUCAAAUCUGUGUUGUAUUAUAUAGGAACAUUCAAACUCUUUUAAAUGUGAAGGGUAUCGACUGCCCAAAUAUUCUGAUACCUGUUGCAUAAGAAUUAACAAAUAUAUUCAAAAAUGAAUGUUAACUAGCUCCACCCCCAAACCCUUAAGCCACACCCCCUCACUGUGCAGACGUAGAUCCAGAAAGCUGCUUUCUAAAUCAAGUUUCUGCAGCCAGAAUAAUGACUAUUUUUUUUCAUUCUUUGAUCUAUUUUUUGUACGAAAAAAUGAAAAAGAAACUGUCUCCUGGUUUUAAAUGUUGACAGUCCAGUACUAUCUGGUUUGAACUUUUUAAACCAUUACCUGUGUGGAGACAUGAGUCCAAAACUGAACAGAACCAUUUCUCUCACUUACAUGUCAUUGGAAGUUUAAAGCUGGGGAAGUGUGAUGAAGCGUGGCUGUGGGGAAGUCUGUGUUGUAGCACUGUGGAUCCUCCAGGGAGGCCGAACACGCCGCAGCAGAACUGUAUUCUCUGUGUCUCCGUCUCCUCUGGAAAUGGUGGGACAAUCUGCAAUGGAGAUGCAGCAUCUUCAACAACACCGACCCAGGGAUGGUGCUGGGUACUGGUUUCAAGAUAAUACCCAGCUCUGGUCUUGUCCAUUCCCUUGACAUGUGUGCAGGGGUGGUGGAAGGAAACCAGCUAAAAUAGUCCAGGUCUUGCAUUCUUGUCCUGCCAUCUGUCUUUAGAGCUGAAGUGUACUAUGGCGUCUUCUUUUGGUUUCAAAUGUACAUCUUUAUUUUGAUCUUUUUUAAGUAAAAUGAAUUUCAAAUCACAA